CACGUUCAUACUUCUACGGGAGAAACAAAGCAGGCAGCAGUUGUUCCCAAAUUCUCUGUUAUUCGUUCUAGACAGACACGGCACAAAUUGAUUGAGUAACCCGAGCUCAAGCCGUCGAAAUUCAGGAUAUAAGUUUACCUAGUCAAUUCUUUAUUGUUGAUAAUGGAUGACCGAAGUGAAAUAGCUCAGGAUGGUCCCGCCGGCAUGGACCCCGAGGGAGUCAUCGAGUCCACCUGGCACGAGGUGUACGACAACUUCGAUGACAUGAACUUGCGCGAGGAGCUGCUGCGCGGCAUCUACGGCUACGGUUUCGAAAAGCCGUCCGCCAUCCAGCAGCGCGCCAUCAUUCCCUGUGUCAAGGGUCGCGACGUCAUUGCCCAGGCUCAAUCUGGAACUGGCAAGACUGCCACUUUUUCGAUUGCCAUCCUUCAGCAAAUCGACACGUCCAUUCGCGAGUGCCAGGCUUUGAUUCUGGCCCCCACUCGUGAGCUGGCCACGCAGAUCCAGCGCGUGGUGAUGGCGCUGGGCGAGUACAUGAAGGUGCACUCGCACGCCUGCAUCGGUGGCACCAACGUGCGCGAGGACGCACGCAUCCUGGAGUCCGGCUGCCACGUUGUGGUGGGCACGCCCGGCCGCGUCUACGACAUGAUCAACCGCAAGGUGCUGCGUACCCAGUACAUCAAGCUGUUCGUGCUGGACGAGGCCGACGAGAUGUUGUCGCGCGGUUUCAAGGACCAGAUCCAGGACGUGUUUAAGAUGCUGCCCCCUGACGUGCAGGUCAUCCUGCUGUCUGCGACCAUGCCGCCGGAUGUGUUGGAAGUGAGCCGAUGCUUUAUGCGUGAGCCCGUCAGCAUCCUGGUGAAGAAGGAAGAACUGACUCUCGAAGGUAUCAAGCAGUUCUACGUGAAUGUGAAGCAGGAGAACUGGAAGUUGGGCACCCUAUGCGAUCUGUACGACACUUUGUCCAUCACCCAGUCGGUUAUCUUCUGCAACACCCGACGCAAGGUGGACCAGCUAACCCAGGAGAUGUCGAGCCACAACUUCACCGUCUCGGCCAUGCACGGCGACAUGGAGCAGCGUGAUCGCGAGGUCAUCAUGAAACAAUUCCGUUCGGGCUCUUCGCGUGUCCUGAUUACCACUGAUUUACUGGCGCGUGGUAUUGAUGUGCAGCAGGUUUCGUUGGUCAUCAACUAUGAUCUGCCCUCAAACCGCGAGAACUACAUUCAUAGAAUCGGUCGCGGUGGUCGUUUCGGCCGCAAGGGUGUUGCGAUCAACUUCAUUACAGAUGACGAUCGUCGAAUCCUUAAGGAUAUUGAACAAUUCUACCAUACUACAAUUGAGGAAAUGCCUGCUAAUAUUGCCGAUUUGAUUUAAAUAUUUUCUGCUGAUCCGCAAACAACUAAAAAGAAUUCUAAAUAAAAAGCAGCCGACCAUCCAACACCAAGGACUAGACGCGGACUCAGAGCACUAACAUCAUCAGCAGCGGCGGAGAAACAGCAAAACAACAAAUUAGAAGCGGUCACGGCAGAAACAACAUCAAGGAGCCGCAGAAGCUUACAAAAUUUGGCCGAAAGUCGGGACAUCCUCUGUAUCCAUUUAGUUCUUCUCUGUGUAUCAUCAAUUUUAAACUGCGUCGUCAACCAGCAACAACAAAUAUAUACAAAUAUAUAAAAAAAAAAAACAAAAUUUGCAUCUAUUUAAAGAAAGUAAUAUUUAAAACCAGGUACAAGAUACCACUUGCUGCAAAGAGCAAGCUACAUAACGCAAAAGCCACAAUAUCAGAACAUAUUUUUGCCGCACCUUUGUUUUAGCUUUUUCUAGAACUAUUGAUAAAAAUAUAUUAAAAACAAAAAAUACAUUUGUACACAUUAUGUUUAAAUAUACCACUCCUAAGAAACAGCUGAAA